AGCACGACACAUAAUCAUCAUCGUCUUCGCCUCCAACCUCUCCGCCAUGGCAGUCAUCAGCAUAGUAUUCAUCUGGACAUGAAUGAGGCCCAGGAGAGACGACCUCCACGACGACAUGGAUGGCUCAGGCCAGAUCAUCCGCACCAGCAUGUCGUCACAGCUCGGCUUCCGGUACGAGGAUCUGCGCAAGGCGACUAAUGACUUAAAUCAAUCAGAUCAACAAGCUUGCCCAGGGUGGCUAUGGUUCAGUUUACAAGGGUGUGCUUCCGGAUGGCCGGGAGAUCGCCGUGAAGCGGCUCUACCUCAACUUGCGGCAGUGGAUCAACUAGUUCUUCAACGAGGUGAAGCUCGUCAGCCAGGUGCAGCACAAGAACCUCAUCAAGCUCCUCGGGUGCAGCGUCGAGGGUCCCGAGAGCCUCCUCGUCUACGAGUACCUCUGCAACACCAGCCUCGAUCACUACCUCUUUGGUAAGAAAAGAAAACAAUCCCUGCAUUCCGAAGUGAAAGAUAAUCUGUAAUGCCCUCGAUGCGGCUAUAGCUCCCACGUGUCGAGGCACGACUUAGAGACAUAACCGCAUUGAAAGCAAUGUCGCAA